UAGAAGUACAGGUGACAAAUGGCGAUGUAUUGUUUAAAUUUUACUGCUAGGAACUUAUGUGUGGAGGCUCAUGUUUUGAAUUAGUUUUAGUUAUUAAAUUUUGUUUGAAAUUCAUUUGUGUUACUAUACUAUGUCUACCGUGAUGGUUUCACCAAUUGGAAGUGUACCAGUUAUAGAAACAGUUGCAACUUUAGUCGCUAGUGAUGAGAGUAAAGACAGGCUCUUGAGAAGUGUUCAACUUGCUGUUAGAGAGAUUCAUGAUGUAGCCAGUAAAGCCAAUCCAGACUUUACGUUGAAUGGACAAUUGCAAGAAGUGCACUUCCUAUGUGAGAGGUUGGACAAACUUUUUUUACAUGGCUUGAAACAAUUACAGUGGGGCUAUUGGUCUUUUGUUCAAGAAUUUUGUCAUAAAGACACCCAAGAAUAUCUAAAAGCACUGGAGCUAGUGACCACAAGUCUUGGAAAGGGUCGUGCCUGGCUUUUCCAUGCUUUAAAUGAAAGUACAUUGGAAGGUUACAUUAGGUCAUUUCUUCAGAACCCAAAAAUAGUUCGCAAAUAUUAUAUGCAACCAGCAUUACUUAGAGAUGAACAGAGAACCCAGCUGUUGAGUACUAUAGUAGCUGGCCUUGAGUUUGUUCCUUUUCAACUUCAACUGGACAUACUUAGUCUUGACACUCCAGAGUUCUUAUCAUCAAAACGAAAAGCCAAAAAACGAGAUUCAGCAUCAUCAUGGAGCCUGGACAUGGACUCAGAGGGAACAAUGCCUAGUUCUAGUUCACUGGGAAGUUUUCAAGAGUUUGAUUCAGGUGUUGUAUGCCCAGAGAAUGCUGUUGAAGUUACUUGUGAAAAUGAUGUUGCUGAAGUCAUAGAAGUUGAGGUCCAUGCAGAGAUGGAUGAUAAUGCUACUCCAAAAGCAACUCCACCAGAGGAAAGGGCUAGAAUACAACAUAUCAUUGAUAUGGAUCCUCUUAAUAGUGAUGUUGCUUCUUCUGACACCACUGAUGUUGAAAUAAUACGCACUAAAGUUGUUCGCAGACGUAAGAAAGUAAUAUCCAAGACUGGAUAUAUUAGUACUGACCUUAUUCCUAAUGUUGAGAAACAAAAUCUGCUUACUGAGAAUAAGCCAGGAGAGGAACAAAAUGGCUUCUCUUGUAACAGGUAUAGUAGAGAUUCUGGGAUGUGUUGUGAAACUCCAUCUAAUCUGGAGUUGGAUGAUGACUUUGAACAAACCAAGAACAUAAGUAAUUCCCUGAAAGUACUUGACAUUCCUCCUCAGUUUGAUACUGAGUUAUUAAGACCCUCGGAACCACAUAACAUGGUAGGUUUAGCAACAAAAAUAAGAAAACAGGAAGAUUCGACCCAAGUUUGGAUGGAAGAACGAGGAGUCCCAGAAGGUGAAGAAACACCUCGCAUUAAUGACCAACACCAAGAAAAUUCUUGCAGUCUUUCACUACAGCUAGAUUCUCCAAAAUCAGAAAACUCUGAAACAUCUAUAUAUGACUCCAACAAUACUUCUAUAAACAAGAUUGGCUAUUUUAAGGAAUCUAGUCUUGCUUUUCAGGCUUGUAAAGUAGAUAGUUUUGAAACAGUAGAAGUUGAAACAGCCAAGAACUCUCCAAUUGAAGAAAGAAAAGUUACAGAUUGUACAGAAAUGUUUCAGAAUCAUCUUUUAAAGAAGAAAGAUACCGGAUCACAGUCAGAUCUCAGAUUAGACAAUAAUACUCUUCUGUUCCUGAUGUUAGAAGUUUUUGAAAGUAACGAUGAAAUGAUUUACAAGAUGUUUCUAACAACAACAGAAUUUGUGGAAGGUUUUGGUCGGCAUAUAUUUCUCUUGCUUACCAACAAAUGUCUGUAUGUAUUACAACCUGGCAUUGGUGUAUACAAAUUUCACAAGCUUCUGUCUUUCACCUAUUCUGAAAUUGACUGUGUGUUGUUAUUUUUAAACUACCAAGGGUUUUUGCUGAUAAGUAAAGACAGAAAGAAGAAGUUUCCUGUUUGGACAGCCUGUGAAUAUAUGACAAGGAGCAUCAUGUCUAGUUUAGAGCUGGCAAUUAGACGGACAAAACCUCCAGUUCUCCCUUGUGUUCCUACGAGCUGUACUGGACAGAGAAGUGCUUUAAAGAAGGCCUUAGCUGCAGAAAAUAAAACUGAGAUAUCUGAACUUGAGGUGCAUCAUUAUGUCCUUGUAUUCUGGGAUAAUCACAAGAAUAGUCCUUCACCAUCCACAUCUCCAGGUGGUCCAAAGAGGAGUGGCUUUCUCAUGUAUCGAACAAAAAAGGGUAGAGAUGGAAGUUCUAAUCCCUGGAAACCAGCUUAUUUUCUUCUUAAGGCUGGUGUUCUCUACUGCUUUGAUCAGGAGGGGGUGAAAGAACCAAAGUUUUUCAUACAUUUGAGGGUUCCCCAUUGUGGUGGUUGUAGGAGACUCCCCCUGGAAGACAGACCUCAUUCAUUUGAACUUAUCCUUCCAAACUGGGACUCACUUCAGAUGGCAGCAUCUAAUGAUAAUGAAACAAGUGAUUGGUUGCAGGACUUGAUUUACACAGUUUCUCAAGCAGAUCAUAUUUUGGAGGUAGAUCCACCUCUGCCAACUCAGUGUUGUCUGAUUUUUGCUGGGGACUUCAUAUUCACAGUUUUAGCAAAUAACUGUGGAGAAGAAAUCAAGACAGUUUUAGGAAAAGCCAGUAUUACUGAUCUUGUCACGUUGAGCUGUGAUGAAGAAACUCCAAACUGUUGUAUAUUGGAGUUUGAUUGCACAGAAGCAGACAGUUGUAGUGGAGAAUGGGUCUUCUAUUUUGUUUCUGAGCAUGAACAGAAAAAAUUUGUAUGUGUCCUUUCUAGUUUAUGGGAGGAUCUGUUCAAGAUCCCAUUGGCCAAAACAGCAAUUAAAGACCUAAGGUUGAAGAGAAGAUGUCAAGAAAGGUGGUGUUACAUAUGUCAAACUAAGGAAGUGCUUCACAAACUUUGUCUAGACAGUUGACAGUAACAAGGGUAUCAUUUUUUGGAAAUCCCUAGACACGCUUGAUUGUGAUGUCAAACUGUACUUUUGAUGUUUUCAUUUUACCAGAAAACUUCCUUGAUUUGUACACCUUUAACUGAAACUUGUUAUUCAAUAAUUUCUUUGGUUUUAAAUGCAGUAUUUCAGUACUGUUGCAUUCUUGCACACAAAACUGCAUUAUAGAUACUCUUGAAUAAAAAAAUAACACGAAAAAAGGGCAAUUCAGGUUAUUGACAUACAAAUAAAGGAGGUUUCAGUUAUUGCUGUAUUAUGAGAGCAUUCUCAGCCAUCAUAUACAUAAUGUGUUAAAUGUUUUUUGUUCAGAUUAUUUUCAAUUUCAAUUUAAUUUUUGUAUGUUUUGUAUCAGCAACAGCAGAAUAUGUAUAUGUAAAAAGUUUUCAUUAUUUUUUAAACUUUUGAUUUUAGUAGGAUAUAUUUAGUUAAUUGUUAGAAGAAUAAAGAAAUGUAUGUUUGAAAUUAUAUCAACACAUAUCUAGUACUUCAUUUGUUUCAUUUUUUAUAAAGUGAUUUAGUAGCUAUUUAUCUAUGUAAAGUCUAUACAAUAAAUGCAGAUAUAUUGUUAGCCAUCUUUACGUCAAAUUGAGAUAACAUUUUUUGCGUAGAUGAGAGAAAAGUAUUCGUGAUUUUCAGUAUUUUAUGAAAUUUAGUUUAUAUCUUACUUUUAAGCUAAAUGUAGAAAGUUGUGUCACUUUGAAUAUCUUUAAUUUACAUUUUUUGUAAUUAGUUUAUACUGAGAGACAGUAACAAAUGUGACUUCACAUGUACAGACCUUAAUUUUCAGGAUCAGUGAUAGAUUAAAAGAGUACAGUUUGCUGUAAACACCAAAUUUUGGAAUGAAAACAUUUUAGUGUGCUAAAGCAAAUAUUUGUAAAUAAUGUUUAAUAGAAGUCCUCUUGGUAGAUGAACACACUGUCUGGUCAUUUUAACAAAGUAUAAUUUAAGGUAUAAGCCUUUAGUGUAUAUCAUGCUUUUUUAAUGAAGAUAGCCACAUUUCUGUAUUGAUAUUAGUUGUGUAUUAAUUUCUAAGACACUUCUUCCUUGAGCUUUGCCUUUCAAUUAUCUGAUUUGAUUAUGUAAGCUUUUUAUUAUUUUUUUCAUCUCUGCCACAUGAUUGAGUAAAGAAUAUUAUUUUGUACAUUAUUCACAUUUUAUGCCAAAUGACUCAAAAUGGUUAAGAAAAGUGUCAUCGUUACAGUGACAUAUAAUUAUUUGUUGUAAUAGUUUAUCUGAUAUCUGUUGUAUGACUUAUUUAAAUUCAGAUUUUAUCACAUUAAGAGUAUUUUUAUUUGUUACUUUCUUUUUUUGUUUAAGUAACGAAUAUACUUAGAACUUCAUUAUUGUUUUAAGGAACACAUUUGUAACUCCAGGUGUCACUUGAAAGGAUCAAAGAUCAGUGAAAUAUGUAAAAACAAUGGUUAAAGUUUGUUUUUCAAGUUGAUCAAAUAGUGGUGAAAAUUUAAAAGUGGUUAUUUGGUGUCACAAGAAGGUUUAUGGCCCUAUUAAACUUAUUUGUAACUUGUAGCUUUUAAAGUUUGCUAAAUGUUUAUUUGAGAUAUAUACAUAUUUGGUGCUUUUUUGAAAGUGUGCUUGCUGAUAUAAUGUAAAAGAUGCUCAUGUGUUUAAUACUGAGUUGUUUCAAAUUAUUUAGUGAAUUAUUAUAGAAAGUUUUAUUUUUGAUAUUUUAUAAUUGUUAGACGAUCUAUUCUUAGUCAAGGGGGGUUUCUAUUCUGCAACUAAAUGAUGUUUCAAGCAUUGUACAACAUAGUGAACUGAUAAUGUGAACAGUGUAGCUAAUUUUGAAAUUAUAAUUUAGAUAAUAAUUGUAAUUAUUUUCCUUUCUGCAGUGUUAAGAUAAAUGUGUGUUUUUAGAAAAAUAGACACAUGGUAUUUAUUAGUCCAGAAGUGUUCCUAAGGUGAACUUGGUGUAAACAGUGAUUGUUCUAACUGUUGUUGGUAUUGGACAGUAGUAUAAGUAACUUUGUUUUUGUUUUUUUACUGUCUUUUAUAGAGUGUGAUAGAUCAAAAAUAAUAUAAUGUCCAUAGUUCAAGAUUUUUCUUUCCAGUUUUACAAACAAUUGAGAAUCAAAUUUCCUAUACUUUGUUAGUGUUGUCAUAAGAAUAAAACUUUGAAUGUUUAGAAAACUGUGAGUAUCAAAUAUUACAUUUUUGAGUUUCUUAGUUAUUGGGCAGUUUUAAUGGGUGCAUGAGUUUAUUAAUUUGAUUAAUUAUUAUGUUAUUUAUAAUGGAGCAAAUUUAUUACUUUAUGAUAUGUUUCAUUUGAAAAAGAAAUAAUUUUGUUGCUUUUCUUAACUUUAAUAUAUAUAAUACAAUGUGCAUUGAUCAAAAAGAGAGUUAUCACUAAGUGGAUGUUUAACAUAACCUUUUCUACAUUGAAGUAGAGUUAGAGGGACUUUACCUUAUUGGUCUUUUGAAAUUAUGUUUUUCAAUUCCUGACCAUUAACCGUCAUUGUAUUUAAAAAUGUGUCCUCUUACCCUCUUGUAUGACAAUGAAUUUUCCAACAUGAAAAAAAUGAAAAUUUGAAAUUAAAAAUACAUUUAAGUAACUCUCUUGAUUCUCUGAGGAGUUAGUAAUUUCUGUCUUUUAAAACAUCAAAAAAUUAUUAUUGAUAUAACUUCUGAUCAAAGCAAACUAUCCACAUGAACCAGUAAUGUUCACAUUUAUAGUGAUUAGAAUAUGUUGUGUUAUCAGUGAGGUAUCAUCAGUGUUUUCGAUAUUUUCGACUAUAAUGCCAGUAAUAUCUCUCAAGAUAUACAUAAUGUAGUGAUAGAAAGCUAGAAAAAAAAAA